AUAAAUAGAGGAGUGAAAUUACGAAUUUUUAGUGGAAUGAUUUGUAAUUUGUUAUGGUAAGAAUAAUUCAAAUUAAUUAUUUAGAAUUAUUACAAUAAUAGGGAGCCUCAAUUAGUGUUACAAAAGGCAAGCACCCCCUCGCCUUUGGCGAGAGGCGAGACGAUGGAACCUCGCCAUUCUCUGCCAAGGCGCGGUGAUAGCAAAAAGGAGAGGAGUAGCGCUACAAUGGCGACAAAAAAGGCUCCGCCUUUUUAAUUAAAAAUAUUUGACUUAAUAAUAUUAGUCAAAAUUAAGGUUUUUUUUUAUUUUUGAAAUUUUUGAAACUCCAUCGCGACUCUCUCUCUCCAGUUCUCUUCUCCUCCAUCGCUGUCUCUUCUCCCUCGCUCUCCAUCACUGUCGGCUUCUCGGCUUCUACAUCCCGAGCCUCUCUACAGUUCUCCCUUACUGUUGGAUUUUGCUCACCUUCUCCCUCGCCGACCGCCGGCUCAUGAUUGUGUUCCCUUCAACCCUCACGACUCUUUGUUCUCACUUCUCCAGGUAUGUCGUUUUCUCUCUUCUUCUUCAACAAUUUUUCUGCUCUUCUUCUUCAUUUUUUUUUCCAGUGGUGUUUUUUUAGGCUGUAAGUUGUGCUUAGUUGCUUACUGCUUUGGCAGUUUGGCCUUUGUGUAAACUUUUUUUAAAAUUAUAGGCAAUUAUUCAAAAAAAAACUUUCCAUUUUCCUAAUUAUUUAUUCCAAUAUUCCUAAACAGCGAAUUAAUUGAAUUUAAUAAUCAAUGGCGGAUGCUAGCAAAAUGAGGGAUAUUGGAUGGAAUUAUGGCACUCAUGGAGCGACGAAAGAUUCGGUUAACUGUAACUUUUGUGGGAGUACUUUCAAUGGUGGAAUAACUCGACACAAACAACAUUUAGUGGGUCGUUUCAAGAAUGUUAAACAAUGUGUCGCUUUUCCGUCGGAGAUUAGAGAAGAAGUAAGGGCUUAUAUGCAAAACAAAAUAGCUAAUAAUCCCAAAUUUCAAGUGGGGCAGCCGGAUUAAUUUGUUGAUAUUGAUUAUCUUGAUGAAAUGGAUGAUUAUGCGAAAAUGAUGCCUCCCUCCAAAACUCAAAAGAUAUCUUCUAGUGGAGGUUCAUCCAACGCACGGAGUGUGACGAAAGGACCAUUGAACCUCUAUUUUUCACAAAAAUCAACACAAAAAGGAGGCUUAGAAAAAGGAGGAGGAAUCGAAGAAACAAAGAAAAUUCUAAGAGAGCGUGCGGUAAGUGCUUUUGCAAUUUGGAUGUAUAAUGUCGGGCUCCCUUUUAAUUGCGUCAAUCACAAAUCAUUCGAUAAAUUUAUUGAGGCGGUUGGACAACAUGGCCCCGGAAUGAACCCUCCUACAUUCCAUGAAGUUAGAGUCACUCACCUUAAAAAAAAGGUGGAUAAAGUAGAAAAAAUUGUUGAUGAGCAUAAAGUGAAAUGAACAAAGUUUGGAUGUUCCAUUAUGAUGGACAAAUGGACGGCACGAAAUGGCAAAAUGAUCAUCAAUAUUUUGGUGAAUUCUCCAAUCGCUAGUGUAUUUCUUGGUUCUGUUGAUGCUAGCAAUGAAUCUACCGAUUCCACCAAAAUGUACAAGUUAUUUGAAAGCACUAUCGAAAGAAUUGGACCGGAAAAUGUUGUACAAAUUGUCACCAAUAAUGCUAGGGAGAAUGUCAAAGCGGGAAGUAUGAUGAUUGGUGCGUAUCCCCACAUUUAUUGGACUCCAUGUGCCUCUCAUUGCAUCAACUUGAUAUUUGGUGACAUAUUCAAGGUUAAGCCAUAUGCUUCCGUUUUUAAGAAGGCCAUCAGAAUCCAUUCUUACAUUAGUCAAAGGCCAUUAUUGUUAAACUUGAUGAGAAAAUUCACCAAAGAAAGAAAUUUGGUGAAACCGGCCAAGACAAGAUUUGCAACGACAUUCUUAACUUUGAGAGCUAUGUACAUACAAAGAAAAAACUUGAGAACUUUAGUCCUCUCAACCGAAUGGAAUUCAAGUAAAUUUGCAAAGGAAACUUUGGGAAAAGAAGUUUCCAAUCUUAUUAUUUCUGUCCACUUUUGGAAUAAUGUUGUUCGGGCACUUACAUUUUGUAGCCCUUUGACAAAAGUGCUUCCUUUGGUGGAUGGGGAGAAAAAACCACCAAUGGGUUAUAUUUAUGAAGCAAUGGAUAGAGCCAAAGAAGCUAUUGCACAUGGUUUUCGUGGAGUUAGGAAGCAAUAUGAGAAAGUGUUUCAAAUUAUUGGUGCAAGGUGGUCAGAACAACUCCAUCAGCCUUUGCAUGUUGCAAGCCAUAUUUUGAACCCAGGAUUAUAUUAUAAAGCUGAAGAAGAGGGAACUCUAUUACAGACUUUGUGGACCGAGAAUUAUGCCUGUGUUGAGAAGUUGGUACAUGAUACAAAAAUACAAGAUGCACUAGUUGCUGAGCUUCCUAAGUACAAAAUGGCGGAUGGACUAUUUGGUUGUGGUCCGACUUAAAAAGCUAGAG